UUUUCUUUUGUUUGAAUAUAUAUUUAAUGUCUGAGUACUGAUUGAUGACUAUUGAGUGUAGGUUCAUAUGUCGGUUCUAAGAGGGUUCUUACAUUGCUAAAGCAUUCUUAUCAGGGAGCCAAAAAUAAAUAAAAAUAAUACAAAGAGAGAAUAUUUGCGAGAAAUUCGGAGAAAAAGCUGAACUUUUUUUUUUUUUUUUUUCUUGAAGGUGGGUGAUAAAUUUCAGAGAACUGAUUUCAAGAAAAAGGGGGUUCUUGAUUCUUGCAAUGGCAGAUUAUGGCUCCGAUCAAUCCCCCAAAAUGAAUUACAGACAGCUCACAUCCUCGUUUUUCACUUCACCUAGGUUGUUUUCAAGAAGCCCUAAUGAAACAGAAUCAUCCAUUACAAGCAGCCCAACUUCAAUUCUUGAUUCCAAGCCAUUUUCUUGCCUGAACAAAAACCCCUCUGCCCCCUUGUCAAAAACCCCCAAACCAGAAGCCAAGAAUCUCUAUUGGGACAAACUAGACACUAGGAAAGUCAGCCUUGGCCUUGUCGACGCCCUCAUUGACGAAAAGCCCUGCCCGAAUUCAUCGAAACCGAACACGAGAAUGGUUCUAUUCGGUUCGCAGUUGAAAAUCCAAGUCCCUCCGUUGCCUCCCUCCGUUUUUUCCCCCAACGAAUCCCCAAAAUCUCCGGGUGAUUUCGGUAUCAAGACCCGAAAUUCUCAUGUGUUCGACCCGUGCUCGCCUUCGCCCGUUAAGAAAUCCCCGUUUAGCUCGUCGAAUUCGGGUCUUUUGACUAGCCUCUCUGCUAGCGAAAUCGAGCUUUCGGAGGAUUACACUUGCGUGAUAUCUUACGGUCCGAACCCUAGAACCACCCAUAUAUUCGAGGACUGCAUUGUCGAGAGCUGCUGUGGAGUUGUGAAAUUCUCCGAAUCGAGAAAGGAGAAUGUUUCGAUUCCCCAUAAUAGGUCUAUGAGUUAUCCGUCGGAGAGUUUCCUUAGUUUCUGCUACAAUUGUAAGAAGAAUCUUGGACAGGGGAAAGACAUUUACAUGUAUAGGGGCGAGAAGGCGUUUUGUAGCAGCGAAUGUCGUUAUACGGAGAUGAUGCUCGAGGACGAUGACGACGAGGAUGAGGUGGGGCCCACCGCAACUUCCGACACCGACGAGGUUUACGGUACUUUUUCGUGAUCGCCCGAAAAUCAAGAAUUUGUAUAAUAAUGCUCAUUUGUAUUUGAGUGUGGUUUUUUGGGGUUGAUUUUUUAUUUGGAAUAAUUAAGGGUUAAUCAUGUUGUUUUAGAGAUGAUGAUGAUGAUGAUGUUAGAGCACUAUUGUUGUAGAUAAUCAUCUCAUAAUUUUAAUUGAGUAGAUUCCUUUUUUAUUUUCUUUAAUUAAUUAAUUAAUGGUUGUGAUCUUGUCAUCUUUUGAAUUGUUUAAUGAUGCCUAGUUUUAGCU